CUCUCUGUCUUCAUCGGUCUCCCCAACGCACAGCGAGCUAGGUAUCCCUCUCUCUUCCCCAUCCCUCCCCGUCCCCCCAGCGCCAGGUCCCUCCCUCUAUCUUUAUACCUACCCGCUGCCGCCACCCCAUGGAACACAAACCCAACCCAGCAGUGCUUGCCGCUACCACUACCGAGGCCGCAAGCAGCAGCAACGUCGGGAGCAGCGCGAGCAGCGGCGGCCGGAAGGGGAAGGCGGCGGGCAAGGGCGGGCCGGAGAACGCCAAGUUCAGGUACCGUGGCGUGCGGCAGCGGAGCUGGGGCAAGUGGGUGGCGGAGAUCCGGGAGCCCCGCAAGCGCUCGCGCAAGUGGCUCGGCACCUUCGCCACUGCCGAGGACGCCGCGCGCGCCUACGACCGCGCAGCGCUGCUCCUCUACGGCCCGCGUGCCCACCUCAACCUCACCGCGCCGCCGCCCCUGGCCCCCGGGGCGGACUCCCACCCCCGGCCCUUGGGGUCCUCGGCUUCUUCCUCGAGCUCCUCCGCGCCCCCGCCGCUCCGGCCGCUCUUGCCGCGCCCGCCGCAGCACUCAGGUGGCGCCGGGGCGGUCUUCCACCACCACCACCACCACCAAUACCGCUUCCUGCCGCUCCGCGUGACGCCACCGUCCACGUCGCCGCCUCUGUACUACGCGAGCACAGCCACCGCGUCCACGGUGACCACAACGGUGGCGCCGCCGCACGAGACGACUGCCUCGUUGCCAGUGGCUUCGUCAUCUACGGUGGCCGCCCAGGAUGGUGCGCCGGCGGAGGCGGCAGAGGCUGAGGUGACCCCCGAAUGGUACCUUGCCGCCGAGGAGGAGGACUACGAGGCGGCGCUGCUGUGGAAUGAACCUGAUCCCUUGUUCGACAUCUUCUCCAAGUGAUCAACAAUCCACAUAGAUCAGAGCUCCUGACAUGCAUGAGUGACUAUGGCGGAUCGACGCAUGCGGCAAGCGGCAUGCAUGUGUGUUGCAACUUGAAAGCAAGGAAAGGUAGAUAUAGCCUUACUAGGGUUUCCGAUUUGCUUUUUCCUUACUACUAAUUGAUCAAGCUAUCUUAAUUAGAUAUAUUUUUCUUGUAUUUCUUGCUGGAGUUUGGCUUUGGGGUAAUGUCGUGGUAUUGGGAAUAGUUAGGCCUUGGCAGCGACUUCAGAUUUGAUUUCAGUUCAGUCGUUUGCAUCUACAAGUGGAUGCAUGAUAACUGAACUGACUUGUAUAUACAAUAUAUGUAUCACAUUAUUAUUUCUUUA